GACUCCUCCUUUCAUUUCAGUGUGUGUGUGACUUAUAUUACAUUUGCUCCUCGACCUCCUUUUUUUCUGGCCCACAUUCUUUCCUAUGAAAGCAGAUGCCUUCAGAAGUAAACUACACAUCCCGGAGUGCUCCUCAUAACCCCUCCGGGUCCGGAUCUGUGGGAUUUUGGCGCUGAGCUGCAGGAGAAACCGACCACUAGGCCUGGACUAAAAAAAGAAAAAAAAGAAAAAUAAACUGGGUGCUUUUGUUAAACCAGAGGAAGAGGGAGCUAGAGAUUAUUAUUAAUAAGAAGACUACAGGAGGGCGACGAGAACUGAACACACAUCUGUCUGCAGCAGUGUUUCUACUAAAGGCUCCAGUCCCUACAUUGAAGAAGAGCCCAGCUUUGGGAUUGGGCAGAGACCAGAUAGCGUAACACCCCCUCCUCCUCUCUGUGGAGAAUUGCGUUAAAUCGAGAAAGGAAAAGGCCUGAGCUUUAUCUAUAUAACAGGACAUUUUUUAGAUUUUUUUUCUCCUUAUAUAUUAUACGAGGAACCGUUGCUGGCUGGUGUAUGUGUUUAGAAUGGGACACGCUGAAGGUCCAGUCAAAGAAAAAGACAGUUAAGGAUGCAGGAGCCCAACAAUGGAUUUCUCCUUCUCUUUCAUGCAAGGGAUCAUGGGAAAUACAAUUCAGCAACCCCCUCAGCUCAUUGACUCAGCCAACAUCAGACAGGAAGGCACCUGCGACACCGGCAGUGACCCCGGCGAGGAUGGUGGUCCCUCCUACGAUGCUGCCCUGGAUGCAGAGUUCUCCUAUCCGCCGUCGGCCUCGGAGGACAUGUCGCAUGUCUCCAACGGCUACCCGCCCGGCCUGGGCAUGUACGAGCCGCAGGCCAAGUUCUCCAUGUACUCGCAGUUCCCCAACGGCUCGGCCAACGGCUACGGGGCCAUACGGAGCUACGGCGAUCACGGCCUCAUGCCGGGGGAGGGGACGGUCCUGAGGGGCCCGGGUCUCCAGGAGAGGCCUUUGUCCCCCGUGUCCCCGCCUCUGCACCCGCACCUCCACCACCAUCACCAUCACCCCCAUCCCCACCACCACCCCCACCACCACGGUGCGCACCACUUCCACUCGAACCUGCCUCACAUACAAACCCAGCCGCACACGCAGAGUCCCCCGCCGCCGCCGCCCUCCCAGCACCACCUGCCCCACACGCCUCACAUCAUGACCCACACUCUUCCCCCUCCUCCCCCGUUGCUCCUGCCUUCCUCCAGUCCCCCGCCCUCCCUUGUGGACAGCACCCCUUCCUCUCAACCCCCCCAUGGUCUGUCCAACACCCCCGGUGGGGUGCUGAAGAAGACCAGCUCUCCAGAGAUCAAGCUGAAGAUCAUAAAGACAUAUCAGAAUGGGAAAGAGCUGUUUGAGUCUGCGCUGUGCGGAGACCUGCUGCAAGAACUGCAGAAGGAGUCUCAGAAGAACGAGGCCACUCCCAUUCAGCGCCGCCACGAGAGGAAGAAGGAGAAGAGGAAAAAGAGUGCGCGGCUGCAGCUGCAGGUCGAGGAACAGAACCUGGACCAGAGCCCGGCACAGGCACAGGCAGGUACCACGGAGCAGACAGAGGAAACCCACGUCCAGCCCCGGCCGACAGAGACGCCCUCGGCCCAGACAGAGAAGCCUCCGAAGACCGUUAUCAAAACUGAACCAAAGACGCCGAAGGUUCCGAAGGUCCACCAUCCGUCAGUGAUCCAGGAGACGGGCUUCUGUAAGGAGUUUGUGAUCGGAGAUCUGGUGUGGUCCAAGGUGGGCACCUAUCCCUGGUGGCCCUGCAUGGUCUCCUCUGACCCGCAGAUGAAGGUCCACACUCGCAUCAACACCAGAGGUCACAGGGAGUACCACGUCCAGUUCUUCGGCAGCGUCGCUGAGCGAGCGUGGAUCCACGAGAAGAGGAUAGUCCUGUACCAGGGGAAGCAGCAGUAUGAGGACCUUCAGGCUGAGACUCUGCGCAAGGCCUCGAACCCUGUAGAGAAACACAAACUCCUGAAGCCCAUCCCUCAGCGGGAGCGUUCUCAGUGGGAGGUGGGUGUGGGCCACGCCGAGGACGCCCUCGCGAUGUCACGGCAGGAGCGCAUCGACACCUACACCUUCAUCUACGUCGACCCAGACCCUAUCGAAGGCCCGUCCAGCAAGAAACCCGGCAUCCGAGCCGAGAAGCGAAACCGGCGCUCCAGCGGCUCGGUCGGUAAGAAGGAAGCGGGGGGAGUGAAGUUGCCUGAGAGAGAGCAGCCGCCGCGCCGGCUGCUGCCGCGCCGGCAGUGUAGCAUUUCGAACACGGAAGACAGCGCAAACUCCCAGGCCUCGCAGGAAGAGAAGAGCCAGAGGGGGGACCAGCGUAAGGCCGGCUCCCCGAAGCCGAACGUCGGCAGCGACGCGCGGCAGGACGCGCCGCCGCCGGUCAGGGCCUGGAAAACGGCCGCCGCCAGGAAGCUGCUGCCUCUCUCCAUCACCAUGAAGAGGCUGAACGUGGAGAUUACAAAGUGCGAUUGGCCUCUGCUGCAGAAAAAAGCUGCGCCGUCUCCGAAAAAAGAGCUGGAAGAAGAAGAAGAGGAAGAAGAAGAAGAGGAGGAGGAAGAAGAGGAGGAGGAGAAGGAGGAGACAGGGGCGCGGGAAGCCCGGCAGCCCGACUUGGGAUACUGCUCGCCCGAGGACAGCCGAGCUAAACCCGAGCCCAGUCCAGAGGAGGAGGAGGACGGGGACGGGGAUGGGGAUGAGGGGGAGGAAGAGGGGGAGGAGAGGAGAGGCUCCCCCGCCAGUCGAAGGAGUGAGGAGGGAGGAACGCAGCAGACCUCGUCUCCUGGAUCACACCACAGCAGUCCACACGGUUCUCAGGAGAGGAAGCUGCAGCGGCGGUCAGUCAGGAGCAGGUCUGAGUCGGAGAGAGGCAGCGAUCCCAUCCCGAAGAAGAAAACCAAAAAAGAACAGGCUGAGAUGGCUCCUGAGACCACGCUGAGGACUGGUUCACAGAAAGGAGCCAGUGAGAUCUCGGAUGCCUGCAAGCCCCUGAAGAAGAGAAGCAGAGCGUCGACAGACGUGGAGAUGGCUUCUUCUCAGUACAGAGACACCUCUGACUCUGACUCUAGAGGCCUCAACGACCCACAGGGUCUGUUCGGGAAGAACCUCGAUAGUCCAGCAGCAGCCGACGCAGACGCUUCAGACACUCAGUCCGUGGACUCCGGCUUGUCCCGUCAGGACGGCAGCACCGGCAAGAGGGACACCGUCUGCCAGAUCUGUGAGGUGUACGGAGAUGGCUUGGCGGUGUGCGAAGGCGACUGCGGCAGACAGUUUCACCUGGACUGUCUCGGCCUGACGUCCCUGCCCGAAGGCAGGUUCACCUGCCUGGAAUGCAGAAACGGCAAUCAUACUUGUUUUAGCUGUAAAACGGCGGGCCAGGAGGUGACGCGCUGCUCCGUGUCCGGAUGCGGCUGUUAUUACCACGAGGACUGCGUCCGCAAGCUCCCGGGCACAACCGGCGGUUUGGACGGAGGCUUCUGCUGCCCUCAGCACAGCUGCUCUACCUGCUGCCUGGAGAGAGACCUGCAGCGGGCCAGUAAAGGUCGCCUCAUGCGCUGCAUCCGCUGUCCGGUGGCCUAUCACACGGGGGACAGCUGCGUGGCGGCGGGCAGCAUGGCCCUCACCCAUCACAUCAUGAUCUGCAGCAGCCACGGUGGCGCCAAGCGGAACGGCCUCCUCACCUCCCCCAUCAACGUGGGCUGGUGCUUCCUGUGUGCCAGAGGACUGUUAGUGCAAGACCUUACUGACACCAUAUUAAGUUCAUAUGCCUAUAAGUCCCACUACCUUCUGACUGAGUCAAAUCGUGCUGAGUUGAAAUUACCUAUGAUUCCCUCUCCUUCGUCAGCUACCAAAAAGAAUGUUGGGAAAGGAGGCAAGUUGCUGUGCUGCGACACAUGCCCGGCUUCCUUCCACCCGGAGUGUCUGGAGAUGGAGAUGCCGGCGGGGGCGUGGUCCUGCAGCGAUUGCAGGGCGGGGAAGAAACCACACUACAAACAAAUUGUCUGGGUCAAACUGGGCAACUACAGGUGGUGGCCAGCGGAGAUCUGCAACCCUCGCCUGGUGCCGUCCAACAUUCAGAGCCUCCGCCACGAUGUCGGCGACUUCCCCGUCUUCUUCUUUGGCUCCCACGACUACUACUGGAUCAACCAGGGCCGCGUCUUCCCUUACGUGGAGAACGACAAGAACUUCGUCACGGGUCAGAUCAACAUCAACAAAACUUUCAAGAAAGCUCUGGAAGAAGCGGCCCGGCGGUUCCAGGAGCUCAAGGCACAGAGGGAGAGCAGGGAGGCUCUAGAGCAGGAACGCAACUCUCGCAAACCUCCGCCCUACAAAAUCAUCAAGUCCAACAAACCAGUGGGGAAAGUGCAGGUGCACGUAGCUGACUUGUCGGAAAUCCCGCGAUGCAACUGCAGACCAGCGGACGAGCACCCUUGCAGCCUCCACUCUCAGUGUCUCAACCGCAUGUUGCAGUACGAGUGUCACCCACAGGUGUGUCCUGCAGGAGACAGCUGUGAGAACCAGUGUUUCUCUAAGCGGCUGUAUGCAGAGACGGAAGUGAUUAAGACAGACGGCCGCGGCUGGGGCCUCAGGACCAACCAGGCUCUCAGGAAGGGCGACUUUGUGAUGGAGUACGUGGGCGAGGUGAUCGACUCGGAGGAGUGCCAGCAGCGGAUCAAACGCGCCCACGAGAAUCACAUGGCCAACUUCUACAUGCUCACCCUCACCAAGGAUCGCGUGAUCGACGCCGGCCCGAAGGGAAACUCGGCGCGCUUUAUGAACCACAGCUGCAGCCCAAACUGUGAGACCCAGAAGUGGACGGUAAACGGGGACGUUCGCAUCGGACUCUUCACCCUUUGUGACGUCGAGGCCGACACGGAGUUGACGUUCAACUACAACCUGCACUGCGUGGGCAACCGGAGGUCGUCUUGUCACUGCGGAUCAGACAACUGCUCUGGAUUCCUGGGAGUGCAGCCAACGAGCGCCGUGGUGAUGGAGAAGGAGGAGAAGGCCAGGAACGCCAAGCUGAAGCCGAAGAAGCGGAAGCUGCGGCCAGAGGGCAAGCACACGCACGAGUACUUCUGCUUCUGCUGCGGAGAGGGAGGCGAGCUGGUGAUGUGCGACAGGAAGGAGUGUCCGAAGGCGUACCACCUGCUGUGUCUCAACCUCACCAAGCCGCCAUACGGACGUUGGGAGUGUCCGUGGCACGACUGCAGCGUGUGCGGCGCCCCGGCCUCGUCUCUCUGUGACUUCUGCCCGCGCUCCUUCUGCUGGGAUCACGAGGCGGGGGCCCUCACCUCCUCCGCCCUCGAAGGCCGCCCCUGCUGCUCCAGCCACGACCCCGUCAGCCCCCUGGGCUCCAACUCCGGCUCGACCCAGCCACGCCGCUCCGCCCUGAGCCCCGCCGUCGUCAAGGAGGAACCGGAGCCGGAGCUGGAGCCGGAGGCGGACCGGCCGGCUUCAGAGUGACACCGCGGCUCCCCUCAAUACCUCAUUCCCUGUAAAGUGCGCUCCCGUUUGGCCUCCUGGGCUCUGAUCCCGCUCUGACGAAAGGGAAUACAGUGCUUUUUCUUUAUUUUUUUUUUGAACGGUGCUGCGGCCCGAGCCUGAGACACGCCGACGAACACCUCAAUGCCGUUUGUUGCGAGAGCAGAGCGACUGGAGUGUCGGCAGGGGGAAGUGACCAGGGAUCAUCGAGCGCCGUUUUCCCUCCUCUCUUUGCCACAAACGCCACCACUAAUGCUCUCCACAGACCAGACCACCACCUCAUUAUGUUUCGUUUUGUUUUUUGUUUUUUACAGCUGUGGAAAUUGUGAGUGUUGUCACGUCGUCAGAUACUGGAACUUUGAUGGAGGAAGAGGAGGAGGAGGAGGAGGAGGAGAAGCUGAACAUCUCCAUCGUCACGCUGCUCCUCUCCUCGUUUACUUGCUUUAAGCUGCGGUCAGCAUUUAUUCCACACACACAGGAUGGCCGUCUAGAAACGAGCCGGCCUUCCUCCUCCUCCUCUUCCUCCACAGCCGAUCAUCACUCAAGACGUGAUCGUAUUUCUCUCGUCUUCUAAAAAGGGGAGAGGGGGGGAUGGCCGAUUUUUGUGCAAUUCUUUUCAGGACCACACUACAUUCCAAACUUCCUUAGACAUGGUUUUUAAUAUACUUCUGGGUAUAGGUGAAUAUAAUUAUAUACAGUAUCUAUGUUUGUUAAUGUUUACAGACAGAUUCUCUCACUUCAUCUCAGUGAGUGGUGUAUUACGUUUGUUUGUUUCGGUGUUAAGCAUUGCGCAGACCUCCUUGUGAACAUAGUCCUAUUAAGGUGAAAUAUAAUGGUAUAUAGCGUAAUGGUAUGACAUUACAGAAGUGCUUGUGAUUUUUCAUAUUGCCAGUCUCACUCGCCAUUGUGUACAUAAAUUGGCUCAUGGUAUUGUAAAGUACGUGAAGAUCGGGAGGGGCGGAGCCUCGCCUCUCUGGUCGUUCCUGGAAGAAGGAAACUCUUUCCCUUUUUAUUUGUUUUGUUCUGGUCCCACAUUUCCUCCAAUUGCAAUUGCUGUUAUUUGUAUAGUAGACGGAGGGGCUCAGCUUGUGAUCACUGGUGCUGUCUUAAAGUAUUGUUAAUCAGCCUUAAGUUUGAUUCUGGCUGUAGUGACUACUGCCCAGACGCAGUCCGUUUCAGUAACGUCGUGUACUGUGACUGCUUUCUUUGUUUUUUUUUGUUUUUUGUUUCGCCAAACUUUUCCUGAAAAGCACUUUUACACGGCUUGUCGCUCCACACUUUAGCUAGAUCAUACAUAUUCAGAAAUGUGUAUUAAAAGAACAUAAGACAAGUGUUUCAAAAUGGAUACCUCUUCUUGUAGUAACGUCUGAAUUAUAACUGUGUUGAAACUCUUUUUUUUUUUUUUUUUUUUUGUUCUCUCUCGAGUUGCUGGGCCUUUUUUUUUUUUUUUUUGUUUGUUUUUUUUUUAAGGAAAGUGGCCUAAAUGCUGCUGCUUUCUUUUGGCACAAGUAGGAGUGACUGCCAGCCCGGCUUCGUACAGAAAAAGUCUGCAGUGUCCUCGAGACGCACUUCUUCCUUUCUCACCCGGAGAACAUCCUCACGGCUGGGCUUUGUGUAAAGACGUAAUGGUUAUAACAACAGUCCAGUAUGAUGUACAAAUACAAACUUCUGUACAGUGUUUUUAAUCGCUCAUCCGUCAAAUCCAAAUUCUUGUGUAUUUAUUGCACCACAUUUUAUACCAAUUUCUUUUUCAAACACCAGUGCAGUAAUUUGUCUCCCCUCCUCCACCACGGUGUAAGUGAAAUAGAAAUUUAAAAAAAGACAACACGGGGAGUUUUACACAAUAUAUCUGUAUUUAGUCAUUGCGUACGUUUUAGUUUAUUCUCACAUUGGGUGUAAUGACUCCACACUUUUGGUGACAGCCGCUGCUCAUCGACCUGUAUCGUGACUCACUGUAAUUGGUGUUUUAAAGCAGUGUGAAGCAGUUCAAUAUAGGAAUGUAAAGUUGCAGUUUUUGUGCUUUUUUUUUUUUUUUUUUUUUUCCCAAGCCUGGACUCAAGGAAGUUUAACUGUAAACAUGUCUCAGCCAUUUGCUUGUGAUUCAACCCUGGUUACCGGAAAGUAUGUUUGUGCCGUUAAUUAUUAUUAUUUUAAUUUUUUUUUAAAGCCUGUUAUCGUGGUCGGCCUUUACAGUCGCGCUACAGGGUAAAACUGUGCCAAUUUUUCCAAAUCAUUUCAGAACAUUUAGGCUCUCAUCGAACGCAGCGCGCACAUUCAGUCAGUCUCCAGUUUAUUAGGAACAAUGAGCUAAAACUAAUGCAGUCUGACACAACAGUCCUGCAGUAAAUCCUCACUCGUGACGAUUCUGAAAUCAGGUUCUGUAGAGGUUCGUGAAGGAGGAUUCAUUGACUGUUGUGUUAGACUGCAUUAGUUUUAGCUCAUUGUACCUGAUAAACUGAGAGGAACUCUUUCAGAAAAAGGACUAAAGAAAUGGGGGGGCACAUUGAAUGCAGAAAAGUCUUCUGGGGCCACACUGCACAUGCAUUGUUCUGCACAUUGAAGUAAAGUAACAAUAAGCAAAACUGUUUUUUGAGUGGAGGACUUUAAUAUGCUAAAUAUACACACAUACAUAGAUAACAGAGGCACUUCAUCUUGUACUUCAAUGUCUGUAUUUCAGAGGGUUUCAUGAUUAAUUUGUGCACGCUCUUCUGCAUUCAACAGCUGCUCUUCUUUCCUCAUUCUGUCAUGACUGACCCUUUAGGAAGCUGCUUUUUUUUUUUUUUUUCCUUGAAAAAAGAAAAAGACUACUCAAUGAUUUCUUGCAGCUGUCUAAUUUGCGAAACUCUUCUCAUUCAGAGACAAACUUUUUGUUCAGUACUAAUAAUUAGGUUUUUAGUAUCGGGAAGGUGCAUCUUUUAAGUCACUUUUACAACAAACUACAAACGGUCUGCGUGUGUAAACUUGAAUUUUCUUCAUUUUUAUUAUUUAUUAUUGUUUUUUUUACACGUAUGAUUAUUCGACCGCAGGCUUUCUUGACUCUUCUGUUUUGCGGCUUCAGAUAAAAUGUCUGAGUUGUGAUGAACUGGUUCUAAAGCCUUUUUUUUUCUGUCAAGGUGCCUGUUGAGCAGAAAUGCAGGCUUCCAACAUCAAACACUGGUUUAAUCCACUUCAGUUGGAGAGUCUAUUUUUUCUUGCACAGAGUUUGUGUGACAGCCUUUAUUUUACAAAUUUUUUUUUUUACACCCGCAGAUCGCAUGAUCAUUGUUGUCCUCUCCUGCCCUUCCCAGGUGAUCCAGCAGCAGUAUUACAGCGCCAAUCGUUUCAUUCUCUUAAAAUGCUUCUUGUGUGUACGUUUUAUGUUGGUUUCUUCUCAUCGUAGUGCCCACAUUUGUUAUUGAAGAGACAGCAUGUUUUCUCUCAUUUAAGUGACCCUUAAAUACACCCGAGGAGGAUUUUUUUGUUUUGUUUUAAAUGUCCAGGAUUAUUAUAAUAAUUUUUUUUAUAUACACUUCAAUUUAGGAUGGAACCCCCCCCUCCCCUUGUAUGUUUCAGUUCACUGUGACGUCUUUUGUUUGUGCAAUGUGGCCGACUGUCUCCUUUAAUUGACAUGCUGUCCGAGCAGAAAUAGUGUUUGAAUACAUGAAUAAAUAAUUCACCUUCAUAAGCACUCAUCUCUUUUUACUUGUAGUAAAAUUACUUACAGUAACUCUAACUGGGGUCAUAUCUAUCUCUCUUGGUGUUGCUUUGAUUAAAACGUGGAUGAACACAAAAUACCAUGUUGAUUACUGUUCGACCUGUGUUACUGCAUACUGCAUAUUGUCGAAGAACUUGUAAAUAGUUUGCAUUGAACUUGCAUAGAAUCAUGUUAAUGUGGCGUGCUCUUAUUUUUUUGUUUGCCUGUAUAAUUCUGCUUCUAAAUGUGUGUGACUGUUGAGACGACACUCUUUUUGUACAUGACUGUCUUUUUAUUUGAGAAUAUUGAUUCUGUCCUUUUUCAUUCUAAAGUUGAGUUUGAAGAGUUCAGACAUGCCUGAAGUUUGACUUUAAUAAAGCUGUACUCUGUCUCAGUGAAA